AUGUUGGUGUUCACCUCUCGUAUUCUCAUUGACAUUUUCGUAGGCACUGCGGCACAAGCAAACAUCGAGAGUGCUGUUGUGGUUAGGAAAACUGAUGAGCUAAGGAAGCGAACUCUAUAUCGCAGUCCGGAACAAUCUCUAAACGAUGGUACACACAUACGUAAAACAACUGCAAAGCCGGUGAAGAGAAGUGCAUUCGAAAAACAAGUACAUUGUAACACCGUGUGGAUUCAAGUGAAGCGUGCAUUGAAAAGGACAGCAACGCGGUACUGUCAGGAAUAA